AUGACAGUCGGCCAGGCUUUGCGUGUGGCCGUGGCAACGAUUCUUUUCACCCAGUUUGUUGUUCAGGCAUCAGGAGCCAUUGUCAUGACCGGGGUGUGCCAAAAUGACGUGGAGUGCAUUGCAGAGCGAGGUCAGGGGUCAUGCUGUGCGCCCUUCGUCACAUCCGGGAUACUUUCCGGCAUCCCCGUCUGCAAACCACCUGCCACUGAGGGGGACGACUGUCACCUCAUCACUGAAGCGUUCAUCCCGUACCCGCACACCGGUCCCCGGUACUACUGGCAGUGCCCUUGCGGGACGGGUCUGAGGUGCAUUCCCGUCAGACGAGGCGAAGUCAUCGGCAAAUGCUGGCGGCUGAGACGUGGCUAA